AUGGUUAUGAGUUUCAAAAGGUUUAGAAAAUGUUCUAUUUUGUCAACUGAUUUCCGCCCUACCGUGGAUGCCAUUCAACAACAACGUUCUGCUCUCCUAGGUUCAUUUAGCUCGGAUCAAGCAGUUUCUAUAACUGAUCUGUGCGAUAAUAUUAAUGAAAGUGAUAAAGUUGGAUCUGGUUUAUGGUGCUCUAGUUUAAGGAAAAAAAAACAUGAUCGCAUUUCUUUUUCGCCUGUUCAUGUCCGACACAUAUCUGAUUCAAUCAGGGAUAGUCUUCAUCAAGGUGUCAGAUGCUUUCGUGCAUUACUUAAUAAUCAGCGUGGUUGUUCAAUGGUAUUUGAGCAUCCUCAUGCCGUGAAUGUUAUUGCUCUGUGUCUCCUGCAUCCAAGUUACCAAACAAAAACCUUGGUACUUGAACUUUUAACUGUUGUCUGCUUAAUCACUGGUGGACAUGAACGCGUAUUAAAUGCAUUUGAUAAUUUUAAAAAGGAAGUUGGGGAGUCUACACGUUUUGAAUAUUUAAUACAUUAUUUUUUCACACAUGAAUCUGAAUCUCCAGAUUAUAAUAUGGAUUUUAUGGUAUCGUGUAUGCAGUUUUUCAAUAUAGUUGUACAUUCAACAGAUGAUAUAAUGUUAAGAGUAUAUUUACAAGAAGAAUUUAAACAUCUUGGAUUAGUUAAUUAUUUAUCGAGAAUAUACAAUCAAUCCGGUGAUCGUCUUCUACGUCAAAUAGAAGCAUAUAAUGAUAAUGAAGUGGAUGUUGCAGUGUUAUUAGAAGAUUCACAAAUGCGUGAUGUGUUACAACAAGAGAAAGAACAAGCAGAAUCAGAUCUGAUCAUUUUACAAACCCGUACAGCAACAAUCCAAGCAGAAUAUGAAAAUAAAUUAUUGGAGCUUCAACAAAAAAUACAAGCUUUGGAAAUAAAAAAUCAAGAUUUAGAGAAUCAGCGCACUAAUCAAGAUGGUCAACUGUCUACACUACGUGCUCAACUAUUGGAUAAAGAUAAAAGCACAACAGAACGUGAGCGUAAUUUACAACAACGACUACGUGAGCUAGAAGAUACUUUGAAUACAGUUAAAAAUUCACAGUCGAAAUCACAAAUAAAAGUGAAUGGGAUAGUUGGUAACUCUACCGAAUCGAUAAACACAACAAGUGGUGUUAUUACUGCUGGUGCUAAUGCUUCACCACCACCUCCUCCUCCCCCUCCGCCACCACCCCCUCCUCCCCCGCCACCCCCACCACCAUCUGCAGGAGGUAUACCACCACCACCUCCUCCCCACCGGGAAUGGGUGCAAUGGUGCCUGGUGCAGAAGGUGUUUCCAUACGACCGCCCAUACAAACUCGAUACAAAUUACCAUUAG